AAGGGAUUAAAGAAAGCACAGGGUGACGUUUCAGAAACUUAAAUUACAUUUGUUUGUUUUUCACUACGCGUAAAUUCCCUGCUCUGGUUUUAACUGCAAUUUUGCAACUUUCCAGUUUAUUCCCGUCCAACACAGAGCUUUACCACGUUGGAAUCUGUGCGCAGGAAAGGACAGUGAACGUCGUAUCCCAGAGUGCAUCGCGACGACAGCUUCUUCCUCGCGACAAAAAUGGCGGCUCCUUUAACAUUCCUGCUAAUAGUGGCUGUUACAAUAAGAGCCGUUUUAUUCCGAUCCAGUUUGGCAGAAUUAAUUUCGGAGAGGGUCGAGGUUGUGUCGCCUUUGAAUGCGUGGAAACGAGUUGUGGAGGGUCUUGCCUUGUUGGAUUUGGGGGUCUCGCCUUACUCAGGAGAUGUGUUUCAUGAAACACCCCUUAUGAUAUAUUUUUUUCAUUUUAUGGUCGACUAUGCAGAGAUCGUUUUCAUAAUAGCAGAUGGUAUUACAGCAGUGGCUCUCUAUCUAUCAAUCCAGACUUAUAACAAGAAUGUGUUUAGAAAACAGAAGUAUGCCUUGGAAUCGGAUCGGUAUCCACACGAUAGUUUGGAGCUUCUCCGCUCUCCCAAGGAGAUGUUCUACAUUCCUCUCAAGGUUGCCAUGUUUUAUUUGUUAAACCCCUUCACUAUUCUGUCUUGUGUGGCCAAGUCGACAUGUGGACUGAACAAUGCCAUUAUAGCUCUCUUCAUCCUCUGUACACUAAACGGUAGUGCCUUGUUGAGCGGGAUAUUUCUAGCGUUGGCCACGACUCAGUCUAUCUAUCCUCUGACUCUGUUCGCUCCUGCUCUACUGUUUCUCCUUCAGAGGUUGUAUAUCCCUGUGAAUCUGUGGAGGAGCAGUUUCUGGCUCUUUACUUCUCAGUAUGUCUUCAUAUAUGUGGGCAGCGUGGUGGUCAUCACUGGACUCUCUUUCUUUCUCCUGGGCUCCUGGGAUUUCAUCCCUUCUGUUUAUGGAUUCAUUUUAACUGUUCCAGAUCUUACCCCGAACAUGGGACUCUUCUGGUAUUUCUUCGCCGAGAUGUUCGAGCACUUUCGUCUCUUCUUCAUCUGCGUCUUCCAGAUCAAUGUCUUUUUUUACACCAUUCCUCUCUCCAUCAAACUCAAGGAGCAUCCAGUGUUCCUCAUCUUUAUGCAGAUUGCCAUUAUCUCCAUCUUUAAGUCGUACCCCACAGUAGGAGACGUCGCUCUCUACAUGGCAUUUCUACCAGCCUGGGAUCAUCUCUACAGAUUUUUGAGAAACAUCUUUCUGGUGUCAUGCGUGCUGCUGGCGUGCUCUGCGCUAUUUCCUGUACUUUGGCAUCUCUGGAUCUAUGCUGGCAGUGCCAACUCCAACUUCUACUACGCCAUCACCUUGCUCUUCAACGUUGGACAGAUCCUACUGGUGUCGGACUACUUCUACGCGUACCUGCGUCGAGAACAUCACCUGACUCACGGUCUGUACCUGAAGAAGAAGGAUGGAACUGAAGCCACGCUGGUGUUAAAAUGACCCUCAAUCAUCGGACUGAGAGACCUCACCGGCUGCCUCACGCCCCCAUAUCCAUCGUUUCUCUUGUCUUCUUUUUUUAUUUAUGGUUUACAUUUUAUUUAUCAUUAUGCUCUAACUUCUGUCUGCUCCCGCUUUCAUGUAAUUCUCCACUGUUUUUCUUUUGGGCAUCUGUGAGUUUUACCUCAUGUUUGGAUGUGGGACCAAAGCUGUUUGUAAGACUUUGACAAAAGUGACUGAGAGACUAUUUUUCUUCUAUGAAUGCUUUUGUUGUUUGCAGUCCUGGUCAGCAGAGGGCGUAACACGACAAUGCUAACUCGCCCAAACUGACUGACCCUUCAGGGCCUUCGGGGAGGUUUAUCAGACCAUCCAAUAUGGAGAGUUUAUAAACUAUGAAUACGAUUUUUGUCAAAUAAGUCAUAUAAGUAGCUCCAGGUCUUUUUGUACUUUUUUUGCUCGUUUUUAUUUUUUGUUAACCUGCACUGCGAUUUUAUUUAUUCCAAUCGUGCCACUCUUUGAUUUGCGUGAGAUUAGAAACCACACGCCUAAACCACACCUGCAGUGAAUUCUGAAGCACCCGGCAAGCUUUGGACCCAGAAUGCCACGUGACAUCAUGUGAUCCAAACAAUUGCACAGCUAUUUGAUAGUCCCUCUUCUUUGUAUUCCUUGAAUGAGGAAUUUUACAUUGUCUGUAUUGCUUUCAGAAUUUUCCUUUUCUCAGAUAAUCUGCGCUUUGACCAGGUAGAAGAAUGUAAACAUAAGAUUGUGAGGUCGUCUGAUCCAAAGUCUAGUAUGUGAAAGUUAUCACUUCAGUCAUAAAGGAUGCAGACAGCCAAGGUUUACAAACAAAUGAUAUCUCGUCGGUGCAUUUAAAUGCAAUAUGUUGUUAACGAUAACAGAAAGCAAAUUAACAUUUUUAUGUAAAAGAACAAAGUUUUCGUCAGUAUUGUACUGUAUAGUGACCUACAGGACUAAUAUUAUAUAUUGACUGAAGCUACUGACCUUGAUGACAUCAUUAUUCUUAACAUUAUUAUUUUAUAAGUAAUUAAUGUUGACUUGGUGAGAGGUACUUUGUUCAUGCAUUUGCUUUUAUUUACACAUUAAUAAAGGGACAAAGUGGUAAAAAAAAAACGUACCUUAGUUGAAUGUGUUUGCAACGUGUUUGUCGGUACUAAACUGGACAUGUUUUGUAUGGAAUGGAGAAUGUUAUAAAGUGGAUAGCAUGAUUAAGGGCUUAUCCUGCUCACAUAAGGAAUGGUGCAGGGAUUUUUUAUUUGAAAAACUUCUCUCUGUUUUUGAAUGACUAUUCACUUCACUACACUAUUACGAAAAUGUGCACACUUGUAUUAUUCAUCACUUAUGUUUCAUCCUGGCCCUGUUCCCUAUUGGAGCCAAGAGUGAGUUUGGCUGGUUGUCAUAACACUGAUUUUAAAUGAUUUGUAAAUUCUUUGAUGAAAAUGCCAAUAAAGAAUAU